GAUAUCGUGAACCAAAGCCGGCGCUGGCGUCGUAGUUCUGCAAGUCCUCAGUGAUCGAUUCAGAGGAAUAAUCGCCGUGGUAGGGUACUCCUUGUCUUGUCUCGACCUUGGGGGGACUCCGGACGCUACAUACCUACAUCAAUAUCACCUGACCAGUAACUACGCACUUAGUCAGGCGCUUAAUCGCUGCCACCUCGAUAAGCAGUGAGUUAGCAAGGAGAGUUGGGAUUCCGAACAAAAGUUGGGAUUAGCAUUAUAGUACUGAGUGGUUCAACGAAAUCCUAGCUUAAUCUACGAGAUUGAUCGGGCCGUAUUGUAGUAUUUGCAGGAAGAUUCUGUGCAGAAAUUAUACCAGGUUGCUGUAAAUUGAACUUGGAUUCUGUUUUCUGAGUACGGUUGAAUUCGAUGGUUUUGACGAAGUCCCGAAACCCUAAGCAUGAGGGGUAGUCUGGGGCAUACUUGGAGCUUACGCUAGUGGAGUUCAAAAGAUCCUUCAAGGGAGGGCGAACACAGAGGGAGGAGCCGUCCACAGGCGGACGGAGAUUUGAAGGUGGGGGCGCAGUGGAAGGAGGCACGGGAAAAUGGCCGAUGGAGGGAGGAAGGAAUGUUGGUAUGCAAUUCUUGGAGUUAGCCAGACUGCUACAGCGGAAGAAAUUCGGACUGCUUACAGGAAGGAAGCGCUGAAAUGGCAUCCGGACAAGAUUCAGCAGAGUGGAGCCUCGCCGCAACAAUGCCAAGAGGCCACCGCCCGAUUUCAGAGUAUCAACCAAGCGAAUGAAGUUCUUGGUGAUCCCACGGAGCGUGCAUGGUAUGAUAAACACCGAAAUGAAAUUCUUAGUUCUGGAACAGCUUCUAAGGAUUUUGAAUUCAGUGUGUGGUCGUUCUUUUCUCCAUCUAUAUUCUCCGGAUUUGGCGAGACUGGGAAAGGAUUUUUCAAAGUGUAUGGAGAUGUAUUUAAGAAGAUUCACAAAAAGGAGCAGGCAUUUGCCAAGGCCUACGGGAUGGGACCUAUUGGUGAGUCACCAAGCAUUGGCAGCCUUCAUACCGAUUACUCGGAGGUGGAUGCAUUUUAUAAAUUCUGGCUGGGAUUCGCGACUGUCAAAGAUUUUGCCUGGUGCGAUGAGUAUAGAAUCUCCGAUGCGCGGAAUAGAAAGGAGAGGCGUUUGAUGGAGGAAGAAAAUGCAAAGAUCCGGAAACGGGAGCGACGUGAUUUUAAUGAUGCUGUCCGGCAAUUGGCUACUUUUGUUAAGAAAAGAGACAGGAGAGUUUUGGACAAGCAGUUGGAAUUGCAGAUGAAGCAAGUUCAGAAGGAAAAGGAGUUGAAGGAGAGACGGCAACGAUUGCAGGAGGAGAAGUUGGCCAAGGCUCGAGCAUACAAGGAGCAGGAUUGGGCGAAGCUGGAUGAUGGGAUCGAGGAAGAGGAUAUCAAUGAAGAUGAGGGCAGCUACCAUUGGAAGAAUAACAUCAAAAGAAAGGACUCAAAGACUGGUGAUGGGGAUAAAGAGGACCCCGAUGAGUUUUACUGCAUAGUCUGCAGCAAGCGGUUCAGGUCGGAAAAGCAGUGGACUAAUCACGAGAAGUCUAAGAAGCAUAUAGAUAGAGCAGCUGCAUUGAAACAAUCCUUUUUAGAAGAAGACGAGGAGGCAGAUUCUUUAGUGAAGAACCUGGAGACAGAGAAGGGUGAGGAGCAGGAGGCGUCCAGAGGUCAUUCUGUAGAUACUCAGGAUUUCGAUGAGGUGAAUGUUCAUGAGUAUGGUCGCGCCAAUGGAUCUGAGCGAGAUGAUGAAUAUUUGAGAAGCAACGAUGUGCCCAACGAGGAUCCUUCCUUCAAAGCGUCGGCAUCAAGUUUGGAUAAAGAAGCUGUGGACAUGAACAAGGCCGAAGACGAUGAUGAUGACGACGACGACGAUGAAGCCAGCAUUCUUGCUGCUAUGAUGAAUUCGCACAGAAGUAGGCAGGCAGCUGCUCCUGCGGAAGUUGAGUCUGUCGAAGAUGAAGAAAAUGACGACAUUGUAUGCAAUCCUAAAGUAGAAAGUCCGCCAAUUGACGCAGCUGAAGACUCUGACGACAUAGAGGAUGAGGAUGACGAGGAUAGCAUACUUGCAGCCAUGUUGAACUCACACAGGAGCAGAAGGGCAGUUUCUCCUCUGAAAUUCGGGGACACAGCGGAAAGGACUAUGGAGGAUGAUGAGACUCAACGAAAGGUUGAAGACUCGGUAUCAUCAGUUAUUACUCAUGACGAGAAUUUGAGUGCCCCCUUUGAUGACGAAGAGAAGGUUUUAGAGUCGAUGUUGGAGUCUCGACGGUGUCAGGAUUCUGUGGGGAUUGAAGGGAAAGCAGAACCCUUAGAAGAGACAUGUGUUUCUUCCAUGGGAGACGACAUUGGGAGCGAAGAAGAGACUAUGACUAACAUGAACGCUGGAAAGUCCAAGCUCAGGAGGAGAUCGAAGCAGGAGAGACAACACCUGGCUGCUCAAGAGAGACACGACGAUAUUUUGAAAGAAUUGUCCUCCAGUUACGACAGUAGGAACGCCUUCGGGGACAACGUUGGUAAUGGUAACUCGAUUCAUGUUGAGAGUGAGACCACUUCUCAUCGAGAAGAACCUGAGGACUUGACGUCUUCCAGUUCAGUUGCAGGGAAGAAGUCAAAGCCGUCUCAAAGGCAUAAGCAGGUGAAGCAAGAUGUUCCCGUCAAAGGUGGAGCCUCAGAUGCCAAGUUGAAGAUCGAAGUCCAACAAAGUGAAUCUUCGAAGAAGGGAAUCAGAGCAAGGGGCAAAAAGGGGAAGGCAGCACCGAAGGCGCCACCUUCCAAUACUUGUGAUACAUGUGGGGAAGACUUCGAGUCAAGGAAUCAGUUAUUUCGACAUAUUACUGUGACUAAUCACUCAUCUGUGAAAUCCAAAUGACUGCAUCCAGUGGUAUGCAGUCCUUUAUAAGAUCCCUAUAUAUAGUUAUCCAAUUUUGCCUUAUUUAUUUAUCAAUGAGUUGCUAGAGAAGGGAAUGUUGGUCCAUCUCGCCCUUUAGACGUAGUGAAACUUAAUAGCUGUAGUUCUAGGUCGUUUAUCACUUUUUAUGUGCAGUUACGUCUGAUACAGCUAUUGACUACUGAGAAAAAGCGAAGGCAUCAACAUGAGGAUGCCAGUUUUGUAUCCGGAUGAUAGUGUAACGUCAUGACUUUGAAAAGUUUGCGUUUGGAGGUUGGUGUGAUUGAUGUAAGUAUCACUUGUGAAGAGAUAUGAUGAAUACAUGUACAUUGCCACGAAUUUCGGGCAUCAGAUGGUCAGCUGG